AUGUUGUUAUGCACAACGUCGUCGAGAUCGAUUUGGCCAAGUGCUUCUGCGUUGACUAGUGUCGUUUCGCUUCAACGAUCCCUUCACGAUCGAUCAUCUGUGCCGAGAGUUGUCGAUGAUCAUGAAAAGAGUCGCUGGAAGGUGAAAGAUGUUGGCUACAACUUCAGAUAUCAUCAAAAUGGAAUCGAGCAAUUGCCGAGAAUUCCAGGAUGCCGCGUUCCUGUUCAACGACCACAUUACAAGGAACGUGAUACUUGGCGAGAAUCACAAGCACGGUUUGGCCAGAAUGACUACAUUGACCUGCUGGGAGACGGAAGCAUUCAUCCGGCUCAAUUACAGUAUCACGUGCCGGUUUGGCUACGCGGAUUUCCGGGACAACACCGGGCGAAUGAGCUGGUUAAAUUGAUUCACUAUCGAAAUCUUUACAAGGAGAAGUUGCAAAACAAUUCCCCACGUAGAUGGCACGAUUUGCAGAAGAGGAUCAAGUACUUGUUGAUGUAUCACAACUACAAUAAACAGGAUGAAAUCAGAAACGAACGAGAUUUGGGAUUAUGGGAUGAAAAGCCGGACUACUUCUACAAGGACAAGAGUAGACGAUCGUAUGAAGACCUCGUCGUUCGCGUUGUUGAUGUUGGCAUGGACAUGCUUGAGUCUUACGUUACGUUUGAGACACCAUUCCAGGAGCUUCAGAACUAUGCGUUGAUCGCGACCGAGGGAGGACUCGACAUUUUGGGGAAACAUUUUACGGCUGAUUCAGAGAUUGAAACGAUCAGAGAGUACAUCACGUCGAGAUUAUGGUUCACGUAUCGACGAGGAUUUCAUCCAAUAGGUGGCACUGGCCCGGCGAGUGAUCAAGGUUGGGGUUGUAUGCUUCGAUGUGCGCAAAUGCUGCUCGGAGAGGUUCUUUUGAGACGUCACAUUGGCUUGCAUUACAACUGGAAAAGGGAGAAGCCGAGCGGAAAUUACGAGAAAAUUUUGCGAAUGUUUCUCGAUACGAAAAAUUCACUUUACAGCAUACAUUUAAUAGCUCAAAUGGGUGUUUCUGAGGGAAAGAAAGUUGGCGAGUGGUUUGGACCGAAUACGGCAGCACAAGUGCUGAAGAAGCUGUGCGUUUUUGAUACGUGGUCUGAUGUGGCAGUUCACGUAGCUUUGGACAAUAUUGUCGUGAGGGAAGAUGUCGAAUUGAUGGCCACAACGAUGCCAAGUGAUGAUGCAGUAAAAUUGAUAAGAGAAGAUGGAAAACUCGAUCACUCAUUGAUUCCUUCAAGCCUAUCGAGUGGGGAUUUUGAACGAGAGGCGGAUAAUUGGCGUUCAUUGCUUCUAAUCGUUCCGCUUCGUUUGGGUCUGACGACGAUCAACCGAUGUUAUCUACCGGCUAUACAGGAGUACUUCCGAUUGCCACAAUGCACGGGUAUCAUUGGUGGACGACCGAAUCAUGCUUUGUACUUUAUUGGGAUCACCGGGGAAAAGCUACUCUAUUUGGAUCCACAUUUUUGUCAGCAAUCACUCGUCGGUCCUCGUUACAUCAAACCGGAGUCGUUCGUGGAUGGAUUUGAAUCGAUCAACGCAACACAGGAAGAUAAUGCGGAUUUGAAAGAAAUCGACGACACCACGUAUCAUUGCCCGACUGUUCUUGGAAUGGCGUAUGAUCAGGUUGACCCGUCGUUAGCGUUGACGUUCUUUUGCCGUUCGCGGGACGAGUUUGAGGAUUUGAGUCGACGAUUGAAAGAAACUCUUCUCACCGCCUCAUCGCCUCCCCUUUUCGAGCAACUUCAGCAUCGACCGUCUUAUUGGCCAAAAUUCGAGCCUUACAUUGGUGUGAAGGCGAAAAUCGAGAUGAAAGAAUUUCAUGAUAUGGGCGAUCCGAACUACGACUCGGACGAUCAAUUUGAGGUCUUAGAA